UCUCCUUUCAUCUUCGCUGUGGCAGACGUCUGUAUUUAUCCACUUGCGUUGGCCGAGUGGCGUCACCAGCGGUACUGUAAUGACGAUUGCAGCAGGAGGAUGACAGCUUAGAAAGAAGAGGGCAAUGGGGCUUCCUCCCAGAGGCGGUGCGGCACAGAGGAGCGCUCGCAUCACAAGGUGACCCUAGCUCCCCGCUGCCAUCUCUGCGGUCGCCGCCGUCCACACCGCGCUCGCUAGGGCUACCCGGCGCCCGCCUAGUCGCCCGGCCUCUCUAGCUCCUUUUCUCAGCCUAGAUCCCAGGGAGCCUGGGGUUAGGAGCUGACUUGGGGGUUUCCCCCCUCCCCCCUCCGGAGAGCCCGGGGAUGGAGAGCCGAAAGGACAUGGUCAUGUUUCUGGACGGGGGUCAGCUUGGCGCUCUGGUUGGUAAGAGGGUCUCUAAUUUGUCCGAAGCCGUGGGCAGCCCGCUGCCUGAACCGCCAGAGAAGAUGGUGCCCCACGGCUGCCUGAGCCCGCGAGCCGGCCCUCCGACUGCCCGGGAGCGUGGCGGGGGAGGCCAGGAGGAGGAGUCGGUCGAUGGACUAGCAGGCAGCGCUGCGGGGCUGGGAGCUGAGCCGCGGUCUGCCGGGGCAGCCAUGCUGAGUCCGGGACCCCCAGUCCCCUCCGCGGACGGCCUCUCUGGCCAAGGGCAACCCAGUAGCUCAGACACCGAGUCGGAUUUCUAUGAAGAAAUCGAGGUGAGCUGCACCCCGGACUGCGCCACCGGGAACGCCGAGUACCAGCACAGCAAAGGGCCAGGCUCCGAUGCACGGGGCGGCAGUCCUAACAGUGGCAGCGACGCCCCCAAGAGUAACGGCGGCAGCGGCGGAGGUGGCUCACAGGGCACCCUGGCCUGCAGCGCCAGCGACCAGAUGCGCCGGUACCGCACCGCCUUUACGCGGGAGCAGAUUGCACGGCUGGAGAAAGAGUUCUACAGGGAGAACUACGUUUCCAGGCCACGGAGAUGCGAGUUGGCAGCAGCCCUAAACCUCCCUGAAACUACCAUCAAGGUGUGGUUUCAGAACCGACGCAUGAAGGACAAGCGUCAGCGGCUGGCCAUGACGUGGCCGCACCCGGCCGACCCCGCCUUUUACACGUACAUGAUGAGCCACGCGGCGGCCGCGGGAGGCCUGCCCUAUCCCUUCCCGUCGCACCUGCCACUGCCCUACUACUCGCCCGUGGGCCUGGGCGCAGCAUCCGCCGCCUCGGCCGCCGCCUCGCCCUUCAGUGGCCCGCUGCGCCCGCUCGACACGUUCCGCGUGCUCUCGCAGCCCUACCCGCGACCCGAACUGCUGUGCGCCUUCCGCCACCCACCUCUCUACCCCGGCCCAGCGCACGGACUGGGCGCCUCGGCUGGUGGCCCCUGCUCCUGCCUCGCCUGCCACAGCGGCCCGGCCAACGGGCUGGCACCGCGGGCCGCCGCGGCAGCCUCGGACUUCACUUGUGCCUCCACCUCCCGCUCGGACUCCUUCCUCACGUUCGCCCCCUCUGUGCUCAGCAAGGCCUCCUCCGUGGCGUUGGACCAGAGGGAGGAGGUGCCCCUCACCAGAUAAGGGGUCGCCCUCGUGCUGCCGGCUGCAGGACGCCAAGGGGCGGGGUGGGGCCUUUGGGACUCCUCCAGCGUCUCACCUGCCACCCCUCUCCCCAGACGCGGAGGAGAAAGUGGGGGGACACAACAGAGGACUCGAGGCGCCCCAGAAGCGACAGUGGCUGUUGCUGCUUGGGAUCAGAAAUGGGGUGGGAAAGGCGGAGGUCUAGAGGGCUUCCUCUAGGGUGGCCGGUCUUUGCCAUUCUUCACGGAAUCCACAAUCCUGUCAGAGGUGGAGGCCUUGGUUCAACAGCUAAACAAAACUCAGCAGCAGCAACCUCCCAACCCCCGCCCCGUACCCUUCACCUGGGCCCCCACUCUCCUGUCAAGGACAAACAUUGAAAAAGGAAAUCGCUGUCUCUUGGAUCAAAAUGCUGUGUAUGCAGAGCAGGUAGAGAUUAAUCUUCACCCGCUUUUCCAAAGCAUGGCAGGGGGCUUGUUGAUGGCAAGGUACCAGCCAUUUAGGGGAGAGAUGAUUUACAGCCAGGGAGACUCAAGGAUCCUGGGGCCUUUCUCACCUUCCUGGAGCCCCAAUCACACAGCGUCGUUUGGUUCCAGUCUCCACCAACCCCUAACCUCUUCCCCUAUUUCUGGCUUUAUGACAUCUCUCCUCCUGCAGCUCCAGCCUUCCCCCUUUCAGCUUGACAUUGGCAGGAAAGCUGCGGGGUUUCAGGGUCCCUAAGCGGCUCCAGUGAGGCAAACCUCUUCUCCCUUAACCAAGCACACAUCCUGAUUAGCAAGUGAUGUGUGAGGAGGGGUUUUGAAUGUUGAAUGUAUAAAAAUAAUGAUCACCGAGCUCAGGGCUGAGCCGUUAUAACAAGGCGUCCUGGGAAGAGCUUAUGGAGGGGAGACUUCCAUCCUUCUCUCAUUGUCUCCCUAAACUUGCCAGGGGGCCUUGCCUUUCAGCUGCCAGCAGAGACCUUCAGCACCUCUGGAGAACCCUGUCUCUACCCUCACUAGGGUUUGCACAGGAGCCAUUCAUGAACUCCUGUACACAUUCUUAUAGCCAGUGUUGGAGGAAAAGGGCAACUCUGAUCACCCAAUGCAAGCUUCACCCCACUGGGAGGGAGUGGUUCUUCCUGUAGGGAAUGAAUUUGGUUUGGUUUGGGGGUUUUCUUUUGCAGCCCAAAGAAUUUGCUGUUAUGAUUUGUUAACCAUGUUGCAAUAAAAGCUGAACUCGAUUCUUACUUUA